AUGACUUCUCAGUGGGAAAACCGGUCCAAGUGGACGCUCGGUGUUUUGAGUCAUCCAGAAACAGACGAAGUUCCCGGCACAAUCCUCCUACUCGCUUCCGAUCGAAAUGAACCUUUGGGUUUGCGGAACCAACCAGCCCGAACAUCGGCUUCAUCGCUCCCUUCUCCAUACCUUCCUAGCAGAUCGUCUUCUCGUUCAGUCGCUCCCGUGGCCAAAAAGACUCCAGAUGGACUCAUUGUUCUACAUCCUCAGCCGGAGGACUCGGCAAAUGACCCUCUAAAUUGGCCCAGCUGGCGUCGAGAUGCCGCCCUCCUUUCACUAGGCUUCUACUGCCUGAUGGGAGGUGGAAUGACUCCGGUUCUAGCUGCCGGUUUCAAUGAUGUGGCGAAAGACUAUGGAGUGAGCACCCAACAGGUAGCCUAUACGACUGGACUUUACAUGUUGGGGCUGGGUUUUGGUUCUGUCAUCAUGGCACCGACAGCAAUUCUGUGGGGCAAGCGACCCGUGUAUCUGCUCGGAGCUACUCUAUUUAUUCUUUCGGCAGUGUGGUGUGCGCUCUCCACCAACUAUCCAAGUCUGGUGGUAGCAAGAAUUUUUAUGGGAAUUGCCGUGAGCCCAGUGGAGUGUCUGCCAUCGGCAACAAUUGCGGAGAUCUUUUUUUUACACGAGAGAGCUUAUCGCAUCGGUAUUUAUACACUUUUGCUUCUCGGAGGCAAGAAUCUUGUACCUUUGGCUAGUGCUGCGAUUAUUGGAGCACUGGGUUGGCGCUGGGUCUUUUGGGUGGUUGCAAUCGUUGUUGGAGGGAGUCUCAUAUUCCUCUUUUUCUUCGUUCCUGAAACAUUCUGGGAUCGCACUCCUCGGCGAAAGCCAAAGGCAAGGCGACCUGGAUUCGUCCGGAGUGUCUCUGAACUCGCUCAUGCUGGAUUUCGUGGAAGGCAUCCAGAACGCAGGACUGAAGAAACAGGGUCCAGUCUGCAGAGUCCUGAGAGCGUACAGAGCCCAAACACCGAAAGGAGACGAAGGGAUGUGCAUGUCGGCUUUGCUGAAGACCCUUUGGAUGAGAAGACGGAAAAAUUAAUCGAAACCGCUCCUGAGACGGGUCUUGGCUUAGUAAGUGAUGCACAUCCGCCUUCGGACGCCGUGCGUUUCUCAUCAAUGGACUCUGCUCGAUCACCUGUCGAUCACCCAUCUCCGGUUGCUCCAAGUACCCCUCGCAGGUCGUCUGGGAUUGACCCCGCGUCGAUUGGGGCUGAUGUUCCAUCUCCGGAUACGGUGGAUGUGGAGGCCCUGCGGGCAUUGAGUUUAUCUCCAAUGAGACAUGAAUCUGAGGAACAUGUAGCAAUGAAUGCAUCGGCACUGUACACUCAUAAUCUACGCGAACAGCCGCAGGUUUCCUAUCUCCAGACGCUUCGAGUAUGGAAUGGACGACUCAGUCACGACAAAUGGUACCGAGCGGCAAUUCGUCCAUUCAUUCUUUUCGCCUACCCGGCUGUACUGUGGUCGGCUCUCGUUUAUUCUUUGUCUAUUGGGUGGCUGAUUGUGUUGUCGGAAUCAGUGGCCGUAAUCUACGAGAAUCACGAGACAUACAACUUUUCUGCCUUGGGCACGGGUCUGGUUUAUAUUUCUCCCUUUGUCGGUGGCGUUCUCGGUACAGCAGUCGCGGGGCGAGUGUCCGAUAUAAUUGUCCGAUACAUGACCCGACGCAAUGGCGGUAUUUACGAACCCGAAUUUCGUCUCGUAAUGGCGAUACCUGUUGCACUUUCUACGGCCGCUGGUCUAAUGGGCUUUGGUUGGAGUGUGGAAGAGAGAGACGCUUGGAUUGUUCCCACUAUUUUCUUUGGGAUAAUUUCGUUCGGGUGCUCUCUCGGAAGUACUACGUCUAUCACAUUCUGUGUUGACAGUUAUCGGCAAUACGCGGGCGAGGCGUUGGUAACUUUGAACUUCAGUAAAAACGUCUUUCAUGGACUUGUAUUUUCCCUCUUCAUUGUGGAUUGGCUGAAGAGCGAUGGAACUCGGACUGUCUUUCUUGCCAUUGGAGGGAUACAAAUUGCCUGCCUUUUGACUUCUAUUCCGAUGUACAUAUUUGGAAAGCGGGCGCGUAUGUGGACGGUGAAGCGGAAGUUGAUGGAGAAGUUUUAG